CAAAAGAAAAUUGUAGGUGGAAAAACAAAGAGAUACUUGAGCUUUACCUCUGACAUUGAGGAUACUAGGUCAUGGCCAUGGAGUGGAAAACAUAAUGAAGAAAAUGAAGGUAUGAAACCAGAAACUAGAAUAAAAUCAGCAGCAUAGUUUAUCAUUCAGAAUUGUACACCUGACAUUUGACUUGAAAUGUGACACUUGACAAAUGAAUUUGUCUAUUUAGCAAUAAUCAUUAACAGAAUUUACAGCAUAAACAUUAUCUUAUCAUAAGUAAACCUAUGCCAGUUUCCGUAUGGCUCAUUGACAGUUGUUUGCUGUUCAGAACUUGUUAUUCCACUAAAACUACUUGUCAAGAUCAAAGUUAAACUCAGUCAAUGGUUGGGAAAUAUUUUAGCUGUCCCUUUAUUGACUCUCCAUUAAACUCAAACCAUUGAAAUUCAUCCACAUUUUCUUCCUUGAUGAACAUUAAAAUGAAGUGAGUGCCAAGUUCAGCUGAAACCGAAUCUCUCUGACCCAUUAGUUAUUAAUAGCUGCUUGUUUAUGCAGUGGGGAAAGUUAAGUCACAGAGAAAAGGGGAUUGUAGGAGGACAGAAAUCUUUGUGAAGGCAGAAAAACUAGAUGAAUAUGAGAGAAAAGUAUAUUCAUCAAGACAAUAUUUUUUUCUGGAUGUCCUCAGUAUUUAUAAAUGCCACCGAAAGACCACUAUAGGCAGUAGUUCAAAGAGACAGUUAAGCCUAUAGCCACAGACAUGGAGUUUACCCGCCAUUACCUGCCAAUGGAAUGGGAAGAGCGAUGGAGGAGAGAGAAGGAGAGGAGGAAAAGAGUGAUUGAAGAAGGUGGGGAAGAUGGAAUAGAACAGGACAACCGCGAGCUGAGGAGGAUCAUAGCUUACAAUGACUCCAGGAUGGGGUUGACAAGUGGGAGGGGUAAGAAAGGAGGGUCAGAGGUCAGGAUGAGUGGUAGUAGUCAGGAAGGAAUUGGGGAGCAUAUGAGCGAGGAGGCAUUUGGGGAUGAAGGACUUGGUGAUGAUGUCCACACAUACCGCAGCACAACCUAUCCUCAAGAGCUAUUCGUUGCCCUGAAGGAAUUCUGGGAUUCAUCUCUUCUCACAGACCUGACUCUGGCCACUGAUAACGGUAACACCUUUGACGUGCACUUCCCUAUCCUUGCUGCUGUCAGCUCAUUUGUUCGAGAGAGGCUAAGGAAUGAAAGUGGAGAACAAUCAGAUAAUGUUAACAAUGUUGAAGUCCAAAGGCGGUCAGUGUCUCUGUCUCCUGAGGUUGAUCAUGUUGGGCUACAGGCAGUUUUGGAGUUUGCCUACACUGGAGCUAUAUUGUCUUCGAACAAAGACAGCAUGGCUUCGAUUAUGGCUGCAGCUCAAGCACUGGGCAUCCCUAGAGUACUGGAUCUCUGCAACAAAGAGAAGACCAUAAAAGAAGAUGGAAGUCCUAAGAAGGAAGAGCGAAAGAUAUUUGCCCUAGAAGAGAUGAAGAUUACUCUUCAGUCCAUUAAACAGUUGUGGGCAGACCGCGUGUGGUGUGAUGUGAUUUUAGAUGUGGACGGGGCUUUAUUUCAUGUCCACAGAGUUAUUCUGGCGGCAAGCAGUGACUACUUCCGUGGCAUGUUCACCUGCGGGAUGAGGGAAUCCUAUCAGACCUGUGUUGCCCUUCCCUUCCUGUUAGCUUCUGAGUUAGAGCCUCUAAUUAGUUUCUCCUACAGUGGGACCCUUCCACUCAGCUGGGACUGUGUCUUCGAGAUCACGUGCAUGGCCCUCCAGCUUCAGUUCCAGCCUGCCCUCUCGCUUUGCCUUGACUUCAUGCGAAAGGAAAUGGAGGCAAGCUCCUGCCUGGAUGUGGCAUCUUUUGCUGAAGCCUACGAGAUGCCAGACUUGCUCGAGGAAGCCAAUGACUUUGUUGUGAAGAACUUCUGGGAGGUGUCGGCCACGUCAAAGUUUCAGGACCUUCCAGCAGAGAAGCUUCUAGACAUCAUCCGCUGUGAUGGUCUGUGCGUCCCCUCAGAGUUGGCUGUAUUUCGAGCUGUAAUCUCCUGGGUUGAGGCUGAUCCCGAGGAAAGAUUGGGCCAGGCUGGCGUACUGAUGACUGGAGUCCGCUUCCCUCUCAUGACUUUUCGAGAGUUCAGGGAGGUAAGGGCCAUUAACCUGCGCUUGGAGUGCUUCGGAAACAAGAAGGUGGAACUCUAUAGUUCAGCACUCAAAGAAUUUGCUUUCAGCCUUCCAAAUACCCAGGAUCAGUGCCGAGUCCGACAUCCCAAAGAUGCUCUCAUUCUGGUCGGGGGAGACCAGCUGAACCCAGAUGUUGGUCUGCGCAUACCAAGCAGGGAACUGUGGUUUGCAAACUCCCUACGCAGUGGUACAGGGUUGAUGAAGGAGAUGGAGUGGAGGAGGCUGGGUGAGAUGCCAGACAAGCCAAAGUUCAGGCAUGGAGUAGCAGCAAUGAUGGGAAGAUUGUAUGUGGUUGGAGGAUGUUACUUUUAUGCUAAGGAUGACGUGAUGAAAUCGACCUACAGUUAUGACCCUGCACAGGACAGCUGGAAGAGGCUGGCUGACAUGCAGGAGUUCAGAAGCAAUUUCUCAGUGGUGCUACACGAAGAUCGUCUUUACGCCAUUGGUGGAGAUAAGGAGAUCAACACCAACUUAAACAGCGUCGAGAUGUACAACCCAGACACUGACUCCUGGAGCUUUGUCCAGCCCUUGGACCAGGCUCUGAGCGGCCAUGCUGUCACUGUCAUAGAUGGAGGAAUCUUCAUUUCUGGAGGUUUCAACUGUAAGUAUGAAUGUCUGGUUUCCAUGUACCUGUACCACCCAGAGAGAGGAACCACCUACCUGGCAGACAUGACUCACGACCGGGCCCAGCAUUGCAUGGAGCCCCUGCGAGGCCAUCUUUACGUCGCUGGUGGUGUGUGUAACCUGAGAAAGUUUUACACUGACCAACAAGCCUGUGAGGUAUAUGAUCCUGUGGCCGAUUCCUGGACUGCUUUUGCAUCCCUGUCUGUGCCCCAUGUAAGUGCAGCCUCAGCCGUCCUGGAGGGGAAGAUCUAUGUACUGGGAGGAUACUGCCAGGACGAUUACAGUGAGUCUGGACUGGUCCACCGGUUUGAUCCCAGCACACAGCGAUGGGAGAACAUGGGCAAGCUGCCUGGGGCUGUUACUGACAUACGGGCCUGUCUGCUCCGAUUGCCCAAAAAGUUUAGAUUUUAGUAACUGGCUGGUUAAGAUGAUUGUUUUUUUAGAAACUGACAGGCAUGUUUUGCUGUGAUGUAGUCCUAAAAUUCAAUUAGUUAAUGUGGUUCAGCUAAAAAAAAUCCUGUUGUUUUGUCAGAGAUGUGGUAUAAGCAUAGAAACUUUAAAUCCAGAAUGACUCUGUUUUAAACAUGUAAUAUAAUAUACCAAAGAGUAGGAUCAAAUAUAAAAUCCCAUACUAGUUGCUAUGUAUUGAUAAUUUAGUUAUUUAUUAAUAAAAUGUCAUGAUAUAAAUUUUGCAUGUGAAACCUUAAGUCAACUAAAAAUGUCUGAAAUUAUCUGAGUUUUAUGGACCUUAGUCAGUGAUGAUAUGUCCUCAUUUUACUAGUUUUACGUGAGUCAUUUCAAGCCAAUUCCUGAUGAUUUCCUAAACCUAAGUCAUUUUUUUGUUUAACCUUAACUGAAUCCGUUUCACAACAUUAACUACGUCUUUGAAACUUGCGACUGUUAUGUUACAUAGAACGGCCACGUGAUUAAAACAGUCACUGUGGUCACAUGUUACGGUCAUGACUUAAAAACGUCCACUGUGCGGCAGUAAAUGGAACGGGCAUGUAGGUCAGUUUGGCAAUCAACCUAUUCUGUCAUUUAGGUAUGUGUUGGACGUCAAAAAGAACAUAAACAUGCAUUUUUCAUCCUGCUAUCAGUCACUUGCUUUUUUGUUUCAUCAUUUGCUUCUUGAAGCUCAAGCAAUGCCAAACUCUGAAGUCUUCAAACUAAAUUAUAUGAUAAUUUGCAAGAUUUAUAGCACGUUGGAAUAUUAAUAACCGACUACUUUAACAGAAGUCCUUUACUAUCCAUAGUUUAUGUGAUAUCUAUUGAUACAUAUGUCACAUUCUCUAUUGAUAUUUUACUGGCAAACACUCACAAAAUCCUCCCAGUAGGCCUGUUGUGACACAACUAGAUUUGGGUGCCCUGAGGGCCUCAACACUGCUUACUCACUUACAUCUGAGGACCCCUCUCAGUGAAGAGAGCAGGUAUAUAACCAUGGAGCAAAAACCACCUUGCGCAAACUGCGAUGAAAAUAUCCAAGAGACCUACAGAUUUAAAGAUCGAGGAAAUGGAGUUCAGUGCUUUGCUUCUGCUGACCCUCCUGGGACUCGUGUUUGUGGAGCCAGGGUUUGGACAGAGAGGUGACAUGGAUAUUACUGAGUGGAUGACAGAUGAAGGUAAAUUAAUAAAGAACUUGGAGGACAAACUGAAACAUGUAGAAAGACGGCAGAGUGAUGUUGAAGCUCUGGAGGCCAAUCUCAACGCGACUGUAGACGAGCCGACGAGACAGAAAGCUGAAGUGGACUGACUGAAGAAAGAAAACAAAGGUACAAGUUCAUGAUGAUGAAUUAUUAUCACAUAUAUUCACAUCCAAUUGUGAGUAAUUUGUUCUUUGUCAUUACUUUUAUUUUUUUAAAGGCCUGAAAACAAGACUGGAUUCCACAGAGGAGGAGAUGAAAAAGCUGAAAUAGAGUAGUGGUAUGAUCAAACUUACAGUGUUAAAUUUUCUGUUACCUCUGUAUUUUAUAGAUACUGACAUAAAGACACAUUACUCAGAAUGUUUGGAUGGAUUUGCUUCUUCAUAUUAACAUUUCCAUGUACUGUAACUGUCCACAGGUGCUCCCCAGAUUGCGUCUGGGGAGUCAGUCUCUUUGGCAAACUCUAGGGAGAUUUACGGAGGACCCUUCACCGACAAGGCCCUGAUUUUCAAAAGGGUCUUCUCAAACACUGGCAAUGGUUAUGACCAAAAUACUGGUACUGUAUACAGUACUGUGCACCAUGUAUGUGUGCAUGUGCUUGUAGAUAGUUAAAUAGAAUAAUAAACAUAUACAGUAUUUUAAACAUAUUUCUAAAGGG